GGAGGUGGGUGGUGAUUGGGCGGUGCCCAGGAGUCGCUUGGGUGAGGUGCAGGCGCGCGAGCGGGAGUUCCUGCCGGAGGCCCAAGCUGAGGGCCGGCUCCUUCACCAUGGCUUCAGCCCAGCUGGACUACACCAUCGAGAUCCCGGAUCAGCCCUGCCGGAGUCAGGAGAACAGCCCCGACCAAGAUGGGAAGGAGGCUGGGACUCGACUCCCUUUGGUGAUUCUCUUGGGCUGGGGAGGCUGCGCCGACAAGAACCUGGCCAAGUACAGCGCCAUCUAUCACAAAAGGGGAUGCAUCGUGAUCCGAUACACAGCCCCCUGGCACAUGGUCUUCUUCUCCGAGACCCUGGGCAUCCCUUCACUUCGUGUCUUGGCCCAGAAGCUGCUUGAGCUGCUCUUUGAUUACGAGGUUGAGAAGGAGCCCCUGCUCUUCCACGUCUUCAGCAACGCUGGCGUCAUGCUGUACCGAUAUGUGCUGGAGCUCCUGCAGACCCACUGGCGCUUCUGUCACCUGCGUGUGGUGGGCACCAUCUUUGACAGCGGUCCCGGUGACAGCAACCUGCUGGGGGCUCUGCGGGCGCUGGCGGUCGUCCUGGAGCACCGGCCUGCCGCCCUGCGCCUGCUGCUCCUGGUGGCCUUCGCCCUGGUGGCCUUCCUGUUCCACAUCCUGCUCGCGCCACUCACCGCCCUCUUCCACACCCACUUCUAUGACAGGCUGCUCGACGCAGCCUCUCGCUGGCCCGAGCUCUACCUCUACUCCAGGGCCGACGAGGUGGUCCUGGCCCGGGACGUGGAGCGCAUGGUGAAGGCGCGCCGGGCGCACAGGGUCCUGGUACGCUCCGUGGACUUCGUGUCGUCCGCACACGUCAGCCACCUCCGCGACUACCCUACUUACUACACGACCCUCUGCGUCAACUUCAUGCACAGCUGUGUCCACUGCCCUCCCCACCUCACCUCUGCCCCAGAAAUAAAUGCCUGACUCUUCCCCACAACCUACAUCCAUGGGUGGGGUCCUCUACUGGUACAGCUCCCUGCAGCUCUCGGGGUCUCUGCGGUCCUCCCGGUAGAGAGUUCCCAUGGGCCUCUGCCCUGGGGGACCAUGUCGGCCUGUUUACCCCAGGAUCCUGGGGGCAGUAGUGCCUGUGCAGGUCUCUGCAGGAGCCUUGCAGCGCUUGUGUUUGCUAAGUGCGGCAGUCAGGCUGCUGAUGCCCGUGGCAUCUAGGCUGCGAAGGGUUAAUAAAGCUGGGGGUAGGGUGAGGUUGAGCCCCAACAUUGAUCUUUGAUUGCUUGAAUGGAAGGUGAGCUUUGCAGGGAGGUGUUGGAAGGUAGGGGAAGGCUGGGGCAGGGGCUGUGAUCUGUGCUCCCAGGACCUGGAAGGGCAGGCUUUGCCCCCAAGCCUGGAGCCACAUCCCCUCGGGAGUCUGAGGUGGAAGCCAUAUGGGGAGCUGACAGGUGGGGGGCUGGUCUGUCCAGGAUCUACUACACUUUGCCAGGAAGCCACUGGACCCAGGGAAGUUGCAAGAUGUGCGUGAAGUGGGCAGAUGGUGUGGGGAGCAGGAAGACAGCAGCACCAGCUGGGAGCUGGGACAAGCUGAGUCAGGAGUCCUAAAGACCAGAACCAUUGGCCUUCAUCUCCUUGAGGGAGACCCACUUGGAUCCUCUGUAGACAGGAGCAGUGGCUUCAGCCUUAGAAUUCUGUAUCAUCUAUCAUCCUACAAGUCACUGCUGCACAAUACUGGCACAUAGUAAGCAUUCAAUAAAUAUUUGUUGAUUGAUUGA